CUGUGUGUGGAGGUGUCUGUACGAUAGAGUGUGUUUAUUGUAGCUGCUCCUGGUAAGCACGUUUAUGUGACCUGUUUAAUUAUAGUUUUCAAUAGUAAACCAAAUAAAUUGUAAGGAUAAAGAUACACUGAGGAGACCGGAGUUUGUGUGGCUGUUACGUUCAGAAGCUUAACAUGGGUUCCAGUGAAAGCAAAAUAGCUGUGGUAUCGACACCAAAGCCAGAGCCUAUUCAACAGCUCAAGUGUCGGCGUGUAGCUGAGCUCGCAGAUCCCCGAUCACCGUCCUGUGGGAUCGACCGUACACCUAUACAGGUGGGUGGUGCAACCUCUGGUGUUACUCAAGCUCAGUCAGUUGGACCAAUGUGUUUUGACCCACGAUCACCCACACCUGGCAUUGUUCGCACCCCACUGAAAAACAACAUGAAACUAACGGUCACAUCACUGGCUCGUAGACUGAGCACGUUCUUCCUCAAUGAUGUUGCUUCUGGUGAAUCUGCUUUUGCUAAUGUCCCUCCUGCGUCCUUCACUAAACACCCCAGCCUUCCCAGCGUGCAGCAACAGGAUGGGAUGAACUCCAGGGAGCCUCUUAUUCCACCUCAUUCCCAAGAUACCCUCAGUGCAGUCACAGACUGUCCAUCAACCCCAAAGGGCUCCUCACUGGGUUAUGGUUUCUUCUGCAGUAGUCCGUUUGUUGUUGUAGGAGAGCCUCAGGUGGAGGUGGAUGCUGACACCACACUGGAGGAGGGUGAGGAGGCUCUGCUGCUUGGAGGGUCACCUCUCAAUAAGGAGCUCAGCCUCAGCUUGCUCGCCUGCCGUGAAGGUGUUUACUCUCCCGAGUACUACCCUUCAGCUGACGAGCGUCCUUCUACUCCUCUUCCUCCAUCAGAUGAACUGCAAGGUGCAGAUCACUCCUAUGCUCUACCCUCGAUCACCUGUGAGCCCACACAGCCUGCAUCACCUGCCCAGCAAGCUAUCCUGCCUCCUGCACAGGAAGUCAAAGACAUUGCUCCUGUAGUGCCAGAACAAGCUCCAGUUCAGCCAGAGGAGCCCAAGUCAUUGCUUCCUGAAGCAGCCAACACUUCCAACAAGAGUGAAAUCUCCCUGCCUGCUUCAAUUUUGCCCAAAUUUGACCCAUGCAGUCCAAGUCAGGUUGUGUUUAAGCCUCAAUGGCUCGGUAAAGGAUUUGCAUCAGCAGGUGUCAGGCCCAGAGGAAUCCAGAACCGUGGACAGAGCCCUCUGUCCUUCCGCAAACCAAGCAUUGAUGAAAAUGAGAACAAGGUUGUGCUUACCAAGCAGAAACACAGAGGUAAAGCUCUUAUUGGUGAGGGUAGAUCUCCUCUUCAGGUCCUAAAGGAAACUAAUUCACCCAGAAAGAACAAUACACAGAUGAAGCUGAAAGUUUCUACUCCAGAGAAGCAGCGGUUUGGUCAGAUAGACAGAAGAGCGCUCAUUCUCUCCCUGAACAAGGAGAACUAGUGAUCCUGUACACUGAUACGGACUGAAAAACACUCACUACCAAACACUAUGUACAUGAGCUCUGAGUUUUUGUUAGGCAGCAGCUGUAAAAUGAUUCCAAACUUUUGUGUGUUCCAUGUGUGGAUGUACUUUUAUAUUUCUUUUCCUUCUUUCUUGUCCUUGUCUUACAUUUUCAUGAAAUGUAAAUAAAAUUAAAGAGAUGUUUUACUUUA